CGGCGUUCUGAAAUCAGCACGUCAAAAAGAAAAUUUGCCUUGCCAACGUAACAUUGUCGUGCGGCUGAUGCCAGUGCAAAAAUAUAUGUUCAGGAGAUAAAAUGGUGUCAAGCACGGAGUGUCCUGUUUGCGGAGUGACUGCCUCACAAGCUUGUACUAGGUGCAAAAUGGUGCGGUACUGCGACCGGGAGCACCAGAAGCAGCACUGGCCGCAGCAUAAGCGCAGAUGUAGGCCAUUCAGCGAGGAGCAGGAUGCCGUUCUAGGCAGAUACUUGAAGGCUACCCAGGAAAUUGCAGCCGGUCAAAUAGUCUUCAUUGAGGAGCCUUUAGUGGUGGGCCCCAAGUGGUAUCAUUCCGACGCAGAUAAUGAAGCCCCUAUCGUUCCCUGCGUAGGCUGUUGCACUCCGUGCCGUCUGGGGAAGCACCAGUGUCGCAGAUGCUGUUGGCCAGUCUGCAGUGCGGGAUGCGAGCACGAAUCAAUGGAAUGCAGCGUACUCAGCCUAGGAACAGGUUCACCAACUCGGGUAGAUCCCCGCUCAUUGAACGACUAUUUCAGAGGCGAUGCUCUUUUAGUGCUCAAAUGUCUUCUGUUGCAGCGCCAGAGUCCAACGAAAUGGUUGGCUUUGUUGGAGAUGCAGUCUCAUGAGGAUGAGCGUAGGGGCACCGAACUACACGAGGAAGCAGAGAAGCGGGUAGUUAGCUACCUCCAAAAUCGGUUUUUAUGUAGACUGAAGCAAACUAAUCCCAGUCUCCUACACGAUUGCGAACCAGAGAUGCUGCAUCGGCUUUGCGGCAUCAUCGAAACCAACUUUAUGGUCAUUGAACUGCCGACUGGCUUGGAACUCAGCGGGUUGUUCAGGCAGGCAUGCAUGAUGGAGCAUGCUUGUCAGCCCAACUGCGACUUCCAGUUUGAUAACAAGACUCAGCAAGUUGCUGUGCGUGCUGGCUGUGACUUGCGAAAGGGUGAUCACCUACGGAUUACAUACACUAACAUCCUAUGGGGCACGCAGCUUCGCCAGCACCAUCUUCGACUAACGAAGCAUUUCAGCUGCCGCUGCAGUCGCUGUCUUGAUCCAACGGAAUAUGGCACCUAUAUAAGUGCGAUGGCAUGUCUGGGGGAUGUAAAUCAGACUUGCGGAGGAACCCAUUUGGCCGUGGAUCCACUAGACGAAAACACACAGUGGAAGUGCGACACUUGCCCAAUACUGGUGGAUGGAGCUUACGUGGCUGAGCUGCAGUCGCACAUGACCAAGCAGGUUGAGGGCUUAUUGGCCGGAUGUCCUUCCGCGAAUCAGGUUGAACUUUUGUUGGCCCGCCUGACCCAUGUGUUGCAUUCAAAUCAUUUUCACACGUUCAAUCUAAAGCACACGUUAAUCCAGCUGUAUGGUAACGAAGCUGGCUUGGAAUCGUGCGUGCUGAGCAAUAAUCAGCUAAUACGGAAACUGCGGUUGUGCGAUGAGCUCUACAACGUAUGCCGGCGACUGGAUCCUUACAGCAUUAAACUGGCUAUCUACGUCACGGUCAUCCUUAUCGAGGUGGCCCACACUCUGGAGGAGCAGGCAAGAAGAGCACCAGCAGAGGCAACAUCCCUUUUGGGACUGGCACAGACCCGCCUUAGGGAAGCCCAUAUGGUUUUGGAAAAAGAGCAAGAAUCGGUGGUCGGCAAGAAGCUAAACGAAAAAUUGCAGAAAGAAAUCUUUGAGUGCGAAAAACUAAUUCUAACUCUUGCCUAUAAUCAAGAUCAUUAACAAAAUAAUGUUCUAACAUUUGGAAGCCGAAAUCACUGUGAAGAGCUGUCCGCAUAGUGACGAACCGCGCCUGGAGACUGUGCGAAAAAAAUUUACUAGUAAAGGGCUGGUGUGGAGCAACAUCACUCACAUAUAUUAUUAAAAAUUAGCACCGUUUGGUUAAAAUCCAGCUAACCGUUCAAAAGGGAUUUUAGGAAACUUCAAAAUAAAUAUAUCUGUCGGGCUUAUAAAAAUUAUAUUUUGUAAAAAAAUUGUAAAAUAAAAAUUUAUGUCGUUU